UACGAACACAGCAGCGCGUUUGUUUUCCGUCGGAGCAAAUAUCCCGUCGCACCGUGAGAGGAUCGUGACGUGGUGAUUGGUCACUUCACUGCAGAGUGAGAACUAGUUGAGUUUAACGUUAAAUACCUCGUUAUUAGGUCGCCGGACGGCUUCUAGACACAUUUACUAGUUGUAGUUUGAGUGGAAUAAGAAGUUUAUCCGGUUGUUUUUAACUGGAAUCAAACAGUUUGUUAGAUCAUCGGGGCUGUGUGAUCGUAUCUGCUGUGACUGACUGACUGACUGACUGACUGACUGACAGACACGGCGGCAGCAUGAAGCUCUACAGCCUCAGCAUCCACCAUAAAGGAGCCACCAAAGCAAACCUCCUCAAGUCGGCAUUUGACCUCUCCUCUUUCGGCUUCUUUCAGCGCUCCAGUGUUCAGGAGUUCAUGACCUUCACCAGUGCCUUGAUUGUUGAACGGACAUCACUAGGAAGUCGUGCCUCUGUCAAAGAACAAGAGUACCUGUGCCAUGUGUACGUAAGAAACGACAACCUGAGCGCUGUGGCCAUCGCAGAUACUGAAUACCCACAGAGAGUCUGUUUCUCAUUGCUAGACAAGGUAUUAGAGGAGUUCUCCAGGCAAGUGGACAGUAUAGACUGGCCCUCCGGUAAUCCUGAAACCAUAAACUACAAAGCCCUGGAUAUUCACCUCUCUAAAUACCAGAACCCCAAGGAAGCAGAUGCAAUGACCAAAGUGCAGGCAGAGCUGGAUGAGACAAAGAUCAUUUUGCACAACACCAUGGAGAGUCUGCUGGAGAGAGGAGAGAAACUGGAUGAUCUUGUGGCAAAAUCGGAGCACCUGGGAAACCAGUCCAAAGCCUUCUACAAGACUGCACGGAAACAGAACUCAUGCUGUGAAGUCAUGUGAUGCCGCUGCCUCGUCCUCGCGGACACGCCUCUCUCUGCCUUUCUGCUUUUCCUGCAACUCCCAUCACGCACCAGCCACCAGCUCUCAACACAAUGGACAGAACGGACGCCGUCUGAUCCGGGAUGGGGCGCCGGGACGAGAGUGCGAAAGGGGUUGAAGGCGGCGGCGGCGGCCUCGUGUCUGGAUCGUGACUGAUGGGGGCUGAAGGAGUGAUGGGGUUUGGUCGGGGGAAGAAGUAACAUUUGAAUUAUUUUUAACCUUUCAAAGGGUGAACAUCUGUGUGGUGUUUCAAUACCAGCUGCGGACAUAAUAGUGUGACGUUGUGUAUAUCGGUGAUGUGUUGUUGAAACGUCUUCAAUGUUAUUCUGAUUGAGUCAAACCUUGAAUAGUUUGAUCUCAGCUCUUAAAAUUCUUAAAGAGUAUUAACCACGGUUGUGCUUCUGCUUCAAGGCAACUCUGACAAUCUCACAGUCUUAUCUUGUGAUUUCAUAAAACGCGUCACCGUUCAAUUCUUCAAAGUCCAAAGUGUUUUUCUUGCAGGCAUAAUGUUUGUUGCCCACCGGGUGGCCCUGUUUAUUGACUUUUAUUGCUCCAAUGAGCCUCAAUCUAAAAAAACAAAACAACUCUAAUGUGAGCCAAGACGGCGAACAGCUGCUUGGACGUGUGAUAUCAAAAUCUCACCGAAUCUUACAAUGAUUUUUGAAACAUUUUGGAUUAAGUUACAUGAUUAUUUUCUGUCUCGUAGUGUUUAAAUGAAACCUUAAACAUUCCCACUGUGGGUGAGUGUGAGUGAUCUUAAAGCUGAUGAGAAUAGAUGUGAAAUGUAGAGAGACGUUUCUUCAUAGACGCAGCCUUAUUGCAGUGUGACUAACACGUAACACCCCCCCCCUGUCCAUGAGGAGGACGGGACUCAAGCUAUUAUUCUUUUACCUUAUGUAUUGUAGCCAUGCUUUUCACUCUGGUAGCCAAAACACAUAACACUUCAGCAGGUUUUUAGUUGUCUGUACCUCUCAAACCUGGAAUCACUGACCUUUUACCAUCAUUUAUUGUGACUGACGGGAUUCUGGGAAGCCUCUGGGUGCUGCAACGCUCUCUGGCUUCUACUGUAAUGGGUUUGAAAAGAGGACAGACAUAAAUUGAGUGAUUUCACAUCCCACUCUUGUUUUAAGACACUCCACAGCUGACUAUUUUUCUUUUUUUUUCGGUCAGCACAGUUUGCUUUGUAUGUAGAAAAGUCUUUCUUCAGGAGCUGCUGAUCAGUUUAAGAUAAAGAGAUGCCUUUGGUCGUGUAUUUUAGAUGUUUCUCUGCUCUCGUAUGUGUGUAUGAUUUUGCUGAACAUCUGCAGGCUGCAUUGAUGUUGAGUGACUGUGUGUGAGGACUGUUGUGUGUGUGUGCGAUCUGAAAUGCUCUUUCUGCUUUUACAGUGUAAACUUUUUGUGCAAUAUCUCUGCAGACUGUUGGUGAUGUAUGUCUCUCUUUUAACGUGGAGAGAAUAAAUGGAAUUAUUUCUCAUAAAGGAAAGUAAAAUUGACCUUUGUUAUAUGCUAUUCUUAUGACUAAUUCCCACGUGACGCGUAUCCAGGGUUGUUUCUGAGCAUUUCUUCUAUUCAAAAUUUCCAAUUAAUGUGCUAAAUUUGAACAUCUGUGUGUUUAAACAGUCUGCAUUAAAACGUUUUGAUCCAGAUGUGGUCUGCAAACUUAAAACAAAGACUUCAGAUAAUAAACUGUUCUUUUCUGUCUGUAUUAA